UUGAAUUUGCAACAGUCCUCCUACCUCAGCUUCUUCGGCUAGAAUUACAGGCAGGAGACCCCACACCCAGCUUCAGCUCCCUGUCAAGAACAAAGGCUACCAUCAAGAAACAAUGAGUUUAAAACCAUUCACCUACCCAUUUCCAGAGACAAGGUUCCUUCAUGCAGGACCCAAUGUGUAUAAGUUCAAAAUCAGAUACGGCGACAGUAUCAGAGGAGAAGAAAUAGAGGACAAGGAAGUCAUCAUCCAGGAGCUGGAGGAUUCUAUCCGUGCAGUCUUGGCAAACAUGGACAACCUGCAGCCCUUUGUUACAGAACACUUCAUUGUAUUUCCCUAUAAGAGCAAGUGGGAGAGAGUUUCCCACCUGAAAUUUAAACAGGGAGAGAUCAUCUUGACCCCAUACCCAUUUGUUUUCACUCUGUAUGUAGAAAUGAAAUGGUUUACUGGAAAUCUGCCUUCAGGGAAACCAACAGAUGAUAGUCCUCUUGAGUUGGUCCUAGUUGAGAAGAAAGCAGAAGAAGCCACGGUGCGGAAACGAAGACUCAUGGAGGAGCCCAGCUCCUCUAGCAGGCCAGGACCACACAGGGCCAAGAUAGAGACUUCUAGUGAAGCCUUAAGCACUCAGAAGCCCCAGAAGGAAACCAAGAGGAACAGAGAAGGAGAAGCCCAGCAAGAAUAUCAGGAUACUCCAGCUUCUGAUGCCACUGAUGUUCAGGAACAGGAUUCUAAGUCGGGGCGCAGCCUGCCAGAGCUAGCUGUCCCUCCACUGCAGCAGAGCAACCCACCAACACCCAAAGGACCGGGAACCAGUGGCUUCUUUGGGUUUCUAAGCACUCUGCUUCCGUUCCGGUAUUUCUUCAGGAAGAGCUGGCAGUAAGCCUGCUAGGCACCACAGCACGGUGGUGUUGGUCGGUCGGAAAGAGGACUUUCUCUUGCAGUGGCUCCUGAGCUAUACCAAACAUCAUUUGCUUUAGUUUCUUCCUUUUUUUUUUUUCUUUUGUUUAUUUUUGAGACAAGUGUUACUGUUAAAUCACCUAGGCUGACUUCAGGUGCCCCAUCUUCCUGUCCUGGGCUCCUGGUCUGCAUCACCACACGCCAUCCUUUUCUUGUAAUUCCUAGGUUAUGGGGAAGAGGGCACCAGACUGAAUCCUCCUAUGAGUUUAUUCUAUUGUUUGCUUUUGUUUUUUUCCUAUUUAAAACACUAAGGAUGGGCUGGAGAGACGGUGGUUAAGAGUGCAUACUGCUAUUGCCGAGGACCUGAGUUUGGUGCUCAGUGCCCACAACAAGCAAUCCACAAUGCCCUCUAAGUCCACUCCCAUCAGAUCUGACCCCUCUUCUGGCCUCUGCAGGCACUUGCACACCCCUCCCCACUCCCAAAGUUAGAAAAACAAACCGGAACAACACUAAGGGACAGCAAGGUGGCUUGAUGGUAAAGUACCUGCAGCCAAACCUGAUGACCUGAGUUCAGCCUCCAUGUAUGCACCAUGGCUUGUACAUUCAUACAGAACAGAUGUAGUUUUAAUAAAAAUUAAAACACUAAGGAAAGAA